AUGCAGCUUGAAGUUUUAGCUGGAAAUCGUUCCCUUGUGAGUACAGUAGUUGAGAAUGGACUGCGUUUUCAUGUUGAUUUAGCGACAGUGUAUUGGAAUUCAAGGUUGGCGUACGAAAGGCAAAGGCUUUUGAAUUGCUUUACACGUGAUGAUGUUGUUUGUGAUGUGUUUGCUGGGGUUGGUCCCAUUGCUAUAUCUGCAGCGACGAAAGUGAGACAUGUUUAUGCUAAUGACUUAAACCCUUAUGCGGUUGAAUAUCUGGAAAGAAACUGUGUUGUCAACAAAAUUGCGAGAAAGAUUGAGGUGUUUAAUAUGGAUGGAAGGAGGUUUAUUGAUGCUAUUUUUGCAAGUCAAAAAGCUGAAUUCAUUACACAAGUGGUAAUGAACUUGCCAAAUGAUGCAGCGGAGUAUCUUGAUGCAUUCAAAGGAAUACUCAGUAGACCACCUAAGAAUAAAGAGUUCACCUUGCCAAAGAUUCAUGUUUAUGGAUUUUCUAAAGCUCAGGAUCCAGAGUUUGAAUUCCUUGAGCGGAUUAGAAUUGCAAUGUCAGAGGCGCCAUCUGAGGUAGAAAUGCAUAGAGUUCGCCUUGUUGCACCUGGAAAAUGGAUGCUUUGUGCAUCAUUUUUCCUACCUGAGACUGUGGCAUUUGCAAAAGCAGUGUGA